AUGAAUUUGGCGAUUACCGCAUCCAAGAAGAUGUCGCUGAAGCGACUGAUCGACGUGAACACGUUGGCUCAGCUGCUGAAGAAUAACAUCAUCAACAAGGAAGGAGUGAGGAUAUUAGACUGCACCUACGAACACUCUCUCAUUGCUAAAAAACCUGAUUGGAAGCAUUUUCAAAAAGAACUUUAUGGGAAUUUUGAAAGAAUUCUAGCCCAGCCUUGUCCGUCAAGGCAACUAUAUCUCUCCGGUCACAUUCCAAAGGCACCUCACAUAUGUAUGGAUGUAGCGUUUUAUCCAUCAGAAUAUGAACGAUAUGCGCUUUACCCUCCUGAUGUAUUUCAGGAGUACAUGCAGAUGCUUGGAGUCGAUGCGGACGAGCACUUGAUCCUUUAUGCUCGAGAGAUGUGCGGAGGAAUGCUUCAUGCUGCUAAAAUUGCCUGGUUGUUGAAGUCAUAUGGUCACGAAAAGGUAUCUCUUGUUGAUGGCGGGUUCGACGAAUGGGUAAAAAAGGGUCAUCCAAUCAGCAAAGAUGACGUUAAACUGCAAGUGAGUUCACAGUUACAUCUCAAAAUUCUCAUGGUAAACUACGGGUAA